UGGGUUUGUUUUUUCUGGUGUUAGGUCGAAUCCUAAUCCCGUAACUCAUUGUUUUGUAUCCAUCUUCAGUUUGUAUUAUUAUCCUCUCAUCCAUAAUUUUCCAGAAAAUCUGAAACAUAUAUAAAUAAAUUUAUAUUCCAAAAUAAAAUAAAAAAUAAUAAUUACCGGAUUGAUCUCGUUCUUAUUCUCCCACGCCCACUCUGAAUCAGAAACCCUAAUCGGUGGUGUGUGGCACUUGAGAGAGUAAGAAGAAGCAUUAAGCAUAGCACUCUGAGAAAAAGAUGAAGGGUCUCUUCAAGUCCAAGCCUCGCACCCCUGCUGAUAUAGUGCGCCAAACCAGAGAUCUUCUACUCUUCGUUGAUCGCAGCCCCGAAACCCGCGAAAGCAAGCGCGAAGAGAAGCAGAUGUCAGAGCUGUGUAAAAAUAUCAGGGAGCUAAAGUCAAUCCUGUAUGGAAAUAGUGAAUCCGAACCAGUCUCUGAAGCUUGUGCACAGUUGACUCAGGAGUUUUUUAAAGAGGACACAUUGCGACUGCUUAUCAAAUGUCUUCCAAAAUUGAAUUUGGAGGCCAGAAAAGAUGCCACUCAAGUUGUUGCAAAUUUACAAAGGCAACAAGUUCAGUCUAAGUUGAUUGCAUCUGAUUACCUGGAGAAAAAUAUGGAUCUUAUGGAUAUUUUGAUAGUUGGGUAUGAAAACACAGAUAUGGCUUUACACUAUGGUGCAAUGUUGAGGGAGUGCAUAAGACACCAGAUUGUUGCAAAAUAUGUUCUGAACUCACCACACAUGAAGAAGUUUUUUGACUACAUUCAACUUCCAAAUUUUGACAUUGCUGCGGAUGCUGCAGCAACUUUUAAGGAGCUUUUGACAAGACAUAAAUCUACUGUAGCUGAAUUCCUUUCUAAGAAUUAUGAAUGGUUUUUUGCAGAAUAUAACACUAAGCUGUUGGAAUCUUCCAAUUAUAUUACAAGGCGCCAAGCUGUCAAGUUGUUGGGAGAUAUAUUACUUGAUCGUUCAAAUUCAGCUGUAAUGACACGAUAUGUGAGCUCAAGAGACAACUUGAGGAUUUUAAUGAAUCUUCUAAGAGAAUCAAGCAAGAGCAUACAGAUAGAAGCAUUUCAUGUUUUCAAGUUAUUUGCUGCUAACCAAAAUAAGCCAGCUGAUAUCAUCAGUAUAUUUGUUGCAAACCAAAGUAAGAUUCUGAGACUUCUGGAUGACUUCAAAUUGGAUAAAGAGGAUGAACAAUUUGAAGCUGAUAAAGCUCAAGUGAUGAAGGAAAUUGCUGCUCUUGAACCUAGGGAACAACGCACCUGAGCUGCAAAUUGUGUUAAGUGGCAAGUUGCAAUGUGGCAUUUCACUUUGGUGAAUUCUGUAUUUUAAUAGUUCUGUUAGUCUUCAUGAAGAUGAAACUAUAAUUUCAUACAGAUUUCGAUGCUUCCAUUCUGUAAUUUUAUAACCGUCCUGUAAAACUGUAGAUAAAUAAAUUGCUUAAAUGAGCUACACGCGGUAUAUGGCUUUUUAGGUGGAAGAAAGUAAUAAAGGUCUUCCUAGGUGCCGUGUAAAUUAUAAAUUGUGCGAGGUCGUGCUAUAAUCUUACCGUCACAUAUUUAUUUGACUGACCUACUUAUGCAUGAUAUGGCCUUCUCUGCUUUUGUUACCUUCCACUAGCUGCUGAUCCAGUUGUAGUUGUCCUACCUUAGAUUUUUGGUAUAAGCCCUUGUCGCUACUUCGAUGAAGUUGAGCUGUUGUGGAGGUGGAUGAGAUCUUCUGUGUUUCCUAUUGAAGUUGUUCAAGAUAAGGAGAUAGGCGUUUGCCUUAGGCAUUCAGGGCAGGCAUAUAAAGGGUAAGUAUACCAGUGGUG